AAGAGGACAAGGCAAUUACCAAUCUGUUCGAUUGGGGGCAUCAGAUUUAAAAAAAACUAAACUCAAAGGAAGAUCGCUUAGUUUUCGUAGAAAAGGAUGGCAUGCAGCCCCGGAUUCUUUAUGCAGCAUGGAAUAUGGUGAUGAAGCCUCUGAUUUAGAGGAAUUACGUGGGCAUGAACUUGAACUUCCUUCUUCUGAGGUCAGAGAAAGUUUGACUAGUACAGCAUAUGAGAUAUUACGUAGAUCAACUAUUCUAGGCGACAACACUGGUCAUAAAGUAGCAGUUGGUAUUGUUGAUUUGGAGCCAGUAUUUGAACAUGAUACAGUACCUAAGAGAUCUCCACACGCAUUCGUCAAAGUUAUUGCCAAGAAUACUUCCCAGUAUGCAUUGCUUCCAGGUCCAAGCAAUGUGUUCUUUGAUAACAACUUUGUGGCUAAGACUUCCAUGAAAUCAGUGUCUCCAUCAGAGGAGUUUACUUGUUCCCUGGGUGUGGAUCCUUCUGUUCGUGUGGCAUACAGACCUAUCCACAAAUAUAGAGAGACUGGGGGAAUAAUAUCGAAAACCACCACAACUACAUAUCGACAAGUUAUUGAAGUGAAGAACACAAGACAAGAUGCUAUCAAGAUCACCGUACAUGAACAACUCCCUCUCAGCUCAGAAGAGAAAAUUAAAGUACACCUACUAGAGCCCUCCAUCAAAGAUAAGAAUGAUAAAACCAACAAGCCUGUGAGAAUGGACAAAAAUAAUAACAUAGUGUGGUUAUUGGAAGUGGCAAGCUGUAGCAGCCAAGACCUUGUUUUGAAGUAUACUGUAGACCAUCCAAGUGGAGAAGAAAUAGAAUUCACUGAGACAGCAGCAGCCCAGGCUUAA